AUGUCAACGGCAACUCUCGUCAAAGAGAUGUCGUCGGCACUCGUCAGGAUCGCGUUGGAAUGCGAGAAGCGUCACCGACCGGGAACAAAGCUUUUCCACGAGCCCAAAUGGACCAUGUAUUGUAACGGUAGGAAGUGUGGUUACGCGGUGUCACGCGGCGGAGCGUGUACUGAGUCUGAUUGGCGCGUGUUGAACACGGUGUCGAGGGUUACGGCUGGAGCCGGGGUUAUCCCGCCAGUGAAGAGUAUUGAUGACGUGGCCGGUGGAGGGUUUGGUGGUGGAACGGAGCUUGGGGAGUUGUUGUAUAUGAGAGGUAGAUUUGAACGAGUCGUGGGGAGUCGUGACUCGGAGGCGUUUUACAUGAUGAAUCCGGACAAGAACGGAGGUCCAGAACUCAGUAUUUUUCUUCUUAGAAUAUGA